AUGAUGUGGUCGUCGAUUAUGGAUAGCCACGACGUAGAUCGGUUUCGUGGCCUUGACAUGAGCCAUGGUUUCAUAAAAUCUAUUGUGAAGAAUCAGAUUGAUAGAGAUGAAUAUCACAAAGUAAUGGAGGAACGAAAAAUUGAAGUGCAAAAGAAGAUUAGAGAAAGUCGAAGAAAAAAGCCUGCACCAUCAGCAGAGUAUAAACUUUAUGUUCCUCCCCAUUUGCGAGGCAAAAACGACUCGACCGAAACAAACCAGAAAACUGCACCCGAUAGAAGGAAUCCAUGUCCAGCGAUUGUAAGUGAGAUAGAAGAAGAAACAUUACGAGAAAAGGUAACAUUCUAUGAUUAUCUGCCAAUUCUGACUUUGAUUCUUUGCUUGCUUUAUUUUUUUUUCAAUUUUCACCCCUCAUUUAAUCUACAAAGAGUAAAGAAUGGAAGGGGAAUAACUAUAUCUCCCAUGUCAAAACGUAACUUUUUGAUUUAG